AUGUGUGAUAGUAAAAAUUUUGCCAAAAUUGUAAAUCCAACUUUAGAAAAUUUAAUUGAAGCUGGUAAUAAAAUUAAAAAUGGAGGAUUAGUUGCAUUUCCAACUGAAACAGUAUAUGGAUUAGGUGCAAAUGCAUUAGAUAAAGAUGCAGUUUUAUCAAUUUUUAAAGCUAAAGGUAGACCAUUAACAGAUCCAGUGAUUGUACAUAUUAUCGAAUCUGAAUAUGCAUUGAAAUUAUUAAAAUUAACAGAAAAACAAAAAGAGAUAUUCCAAGUGUUAAGUGAUAAUUUUUGGCCAGGACCAUUGACAAUCGUUGCAAAAUCAAGUGAAUUAAUUCCAAUGAUUGUUACAGCUGAAACUGGUUAUGUUGGUGUUAGAUUCCCAAAUCAUCCAUUAGCACAACAAUUAAUUAAACAUUCUGGUAAACCAAUCGCAGCACCAUCUGCAAAUAGAUUUGGUCAUGUUUCACCAACAACUGCAAAUCAUGUUUUAGAUGAUUUAGCUGAUUCACCAAUUACAAUUUUAAAUUCAAUAAAUAAUAAUAGUAGCUGCGAUAAUAAAGAUAUAGAUGAUAAUAAUAAUAAUACAAAAGAGGAAGAAGAAGCAUGUAAAAUUGGUAUUGAAUCAACAGUUUUAAAGAUAGUAUCAGAUUCAGAAUUAGUUAUUUUAAGAAGAGGUGGUGUUUCAGAGAAAUCAUUAAAAUGCGUUAUAAAUAAUAAAUUUAAAGAUACAAUUCAAAUUACAUCGAUUAAUAAAACUGUUGAAAAUACAACUAGUCAAGGUCAAGAAGCACCUGGUCAAUUAUUGACUCAUUAUGCUCCUGAUAUUCAAACUUUUAUUUUAGAUAAUAUAUUAAAUAGUGAAAAUGAUAAUAAUAAUAAUAAUAAUAAAAAUAAUGAUAAUAGUUUAGAUUUAAAAGAAUGUGUAUAUAUAGAUUUUGGUAAUCAAUUACCAAAUGAAUUUAAAAAUCAAUGUUUAGCAUAUAGAGAUUUAUCAGAGAAUAAAAAUAUUUUAGAAGCAGCUAAUCAAUUAUUUGCAGUUUUAAGAUGGAGUGAAAAUCAAGAAGGUGCUAAAAUCAUUUUAUUACCAGAUCUCAGAAAAGAACCAUUUAAAAGUUUAGAUAAUUCUGAAGCUGUUUUUGAUAGAAUUUUUAGAGCUGCAAGUGGAAAACAGGCAAAUUUAUCAACUUUUAAUAAAAAAGUUUUAUUUUAA